GCCUGGGUCUCGGGGAAGACUCGGCCCAUGGAGUACCGCGUGGCACAGCUGGAGGCCCUGGGACGUUUCUUGGAUGAGAAGAAGGAGGACAUCCUGGAGGCCAUUGCCUUGGACAUGGGCAAGCCGCCCUUUGAAGCCGAAUUGUCCGAGAUCUUCCUCUGCAAGAACGAGCUCCACGAGGCCCUGAACAACCUGUCCCACUGGGUGAAGGACCAGCACGUGGACAGGAAUCUGGUGAUGCAGCUGGACUCGACUUUCAUCCGCAAGGACCCGUAUGGGGUGGUGCUCAUCAUCGCACCGUGGAACUGCCCCAUCUCCUUACUGCUGGGGCCCCUCAUUGGAGCCGUUGCUGCCGGUAACUGUGUCAUCCUCAAACCCUCGGAGGUGACUAAGAACACCGAGAGACUCAUGGCUGAAGCGCUGCCCAGCUACCUGGACAAGGACUGCGUUGCCCUGGUGACCGCUGGUGUGCAGGAGACCACCAGACUGCUGGAGAACAAAUUUGACUACAUCUUCUACACUGGCAACCCCUCCGUGGGGAGGAUCGUGAUGGCAGCCGCUGCCAAGCACCUGACGCCCGUGAUGCUGGAGCUGGGGGGCAAGAACCCCUGCUACGUGUGCGACACCUGUGAUGUGCAGAACGUGGCCCGGCGGGUGGCCUGGGGCCGCUUCUUCAACGCGGGGCAGACCUGCGCGGGACCCGACUACGUGCUGUGCAGUGCUGAGAUGCAGGAGAAGCUGGUGCCUGCUCUGCGUAAGGCCAUCACUGAUUUUUAUGGCUUCAACCCUCGGGUGUCCCCCGACUUCGCCCGCAUCGUUGGGGACACGCACUUCCAGCGGGUGCAAGCGCUGCUGCGCAGCGGGCGUGUGGUCAUCGGAGGACAGACGGACGAGAAGGAGCGCUACAUUGCUCCCACGGUGCUGGUGGACUUGCAGCCCUCUGAUCCUGUCAUGCAGGAGGAGAUCUUCGGCCCCAUCUUGUCCAUCAUCACUGUGGCCAACAUGGAUGAAGCCAUUGAUUUUAUCAAUAGCCGUGAGCGGCCACUGGUUGUGUAUGCCUUCUCCUCCGAUGACAAGGUGGUGAACCAGGUGCUGGAGCGGACAAGCAGCGGUGGCUUCUGCGGCAAUGACACCCUGAUGCACGUAAUGUUGACCUCGCUGCCCUUUGGUGGAAUUGGAAACAGCGGCCUGGGGAUGUACCACGGCAAGUUCACCUUCGAUACCUUCACCCACCACCGUGGCUGCCUGCACCGCAACAUGGGCCGGGAGGCCCUCAACACCCUGCGCUACCCGCCCUACAGCCAGCAGAAGCUGGGGAUUGUCCGGGCUGCCUCCGAGGUGAAGCGCAAGGGUGCCUGCACCCUGCUCUGA